AACAAGUAUCCUGCAUUACUGUGCUAGCACUUAGUACAGAAUGGAAGAAUCUCGGACUCUGCUCGCGAAACCUAAGGGUGAUCACGUGAACGAUGACGACAAAAAGAUUCGUUUUGAAAUGAAAGCGUCUACGACAUCGAUGGAUACCAUAUCUUGGUGCGAUGGCGCUUGUCAUUCGUCAUCGUCUUCGUAUCUGGAUAUUACUUUUGAUCAGAAUGAGAAGCAGACCUCUUCUUCGAACCAUCUAUAUGAAUUACUCAAAAUCGCCAAAGAGGGCGAUGUCGGGAAGCUGAAUGAACUGAUAGACGACGUCGGGAAACGGGGUAUAUCGACCGUGGUGGCGGAACAGAACGGAAAGAAAACAAACCCUCUUCAUAUUGCUGUUCAGAGAGGUCACAUCGAAGUGGUCGAUGCAUUGGUGGCUUGUGGAACAGACGACCUGGUGAGGAGUGUCGAUCAUCACCGAAACACUCUCCUCCAUGUGGCGAGCUCGGUGGGUCAUCUCGACAUCGUCAAGGACCUCGUCUGCCGAGGCGCGUCGAUGAACCAUGAGAACAGGGACAGACAGACAGCACUUCAUCUGGCCUGUCACCAGAAUAGACCCGAGGUUGCAAGAUUUCUCUUUGAAAAUGGUGCUGAAAUUACCAUACACGACUCCACCUAUCUCACCCCGCUGCAAGUGGCGAUUAACCACGACAGUUUCGAUGCCCUUCUCGUACUCCUGGUCUGUAUGGUAUCUUCAAGUAAAAAACACCAUGAUGUAGGAGCGGAAAUUCAUAGAUGGGCAGCAGCAAACAAUAAGGCAGCUAGUCUGAGCAAGAUUUUGGAUAGCGACAUACGAUUCCCUACACUCUCUGAUGUGGAUAUCAUGGACUUCAUAAUGGAUGCUGUCAAAAACAGACACAAAGAAUUGGUGAUGGUCCUCCUGAACUGGUCCCACCAGACAGUAGUACACCACACGGAUUCAAGCGGGAACACACCCUUACACUACGCCGCAGAGGUCGGCGAUACUGUCAUCAUGCUUGAGCUCAUCAAAGCUAGGGCUAAUGUCAAUGCCAAAAAUGGGCGGGAAGAUGGCGAACGUACCCCCCUUCAUCUGGCUGCAGGGAACGGCUGGAUAAGAGCAGUUGGUAUACUACUACAAUAUCAUGCACACAUAGACGAGAGGGAUCGGUGUGAGAUGACCCCUCUUCAUCAUGCCUGUAUGAAUGGUCAGAUUGAGAUGGUCGAGAUGCUUCUCUUUGGUCAAGAUGACGACCCCAUCGCAAACAAAGCCAAUGCCGUGGUCUGUGACGAGGAUGGACGGACUUGCCUCGAUCAUGCAAUCGACAACGGAUUUGAGGAUGUAGCGAAGCUGAUCCUUCGCCAUUCAAAGUGGCGAGAUUUGAUGUGUGUUUCGAGUCUGGAUGAUGAGACUAACUACAGGACCACGCCCAUGAGAAAGCUCAUCCAAUCAAUGCCUGAUGUCGGGAAACUAGUCCUAGAUCGUUGUAUAACUCUGACAGGGGGAGCCUACUCAUCUAAACCAAGCAAGAAUGUGACGGUAGAGUUCUACUAUGAAUUCCUUGAGGAUACUUUCUCAACAUGGAUCCGACAACCCGAAGAUGGCGGUAAACAUGGAGGCAUACUCAACAAGGUCUAUCAGAGGCUAUCGACAAUGCGGGGCUCUCAGUCAUCUAAAAGGGAGAAAUCUCAGUUUGAUCUCAAAGGACGUUUAAAACGAAGUGCCUGGCCUUACAUCCCAGACCCUCGAGAACGGUUCUUGAACCACCCUCUUCAGAUCAUGACAAGCCUUCAACGGGAGAGCCUUCUGGACCAUCCUGUUGUUACCACCUUCCUGCAUCACAAGUGGGUCUCGGUGGGUCGGUACGCCUUCAUAUCUUCCCUCGUCAUCUACCUCCUCUUCCUCUUCAUGCUGACCGGGUUCAUCGUCGUCAUGCCACCAAACUACUACGUUCAGGGAGUCAACACUAGCCUCGAGGACCCCGAUCAUAUCAUCUGGCGUGCAGACGGACGCAAGCGGUGGGUGGACACGGCGUCGCAUUUGAAACUGCGUUUCUUCAGCACAUUUGGAUACAUCGUCAUUAUUGCCCUCUCUGUGUUGAACUUAUUUCGAGAGGUUGUACAGAUGGCAGUACACAGAUUGAACUAUUUCAAGAGUCCAAACAACUAUUUGGAGCUCUUCCUAUACAUCGCUUCUAUCCUAUUCACUUUGCCAAAGGGUCACGUUGAAUACGCCAGCUAUGGUCGUUACAUACAGUCCUGGAAGUGGUCUCUAGGAGCCUGUUCUGGAUUCCUUGCGUGGAUUAAUUGUGUUCUUUUCAUGAGGAGGUCUUCACUACUAGGAAUAUACAUCAUCAUGUUUUUAGAUAUCACACGAACAUUCCUGAAGUUUGGAUUCAUCUUGUUCAUGUUCAUCAUGGCGUUUGGACUUACAUUCUAUGCGCUCCUCAUGAACCAGAACGCCUUCCACUCCCUUGAAUACUCUUUAGCGAAGACAUUCGUCAUGAUGAUAGGCGAGUUUGACUUCGAAUCCAUCUUCUUUACCACAAACUACAUGGAAUCUGAGUCUAUUUCAUUGAUGGAUAAUGAUGCUUUCAUGGGCACGGUAUUCUUAUCGAAACUCACCUAUCUCUUCUUUAUUCUCUUCGUCGUCCUCAUGCCCAUCCUCAUGAUGAACAUGCUGGUCGGUUUAGCCGUUGAUGACAUCCAAGCUAUACAAGCUAAAGCUCAUCUGCAUCGCCUUACAAUGCAGGUUGAUUAUGUAAUGGAACUGCAGUGUAAGUUUCCUCUAUGGGUGUGGCGUUCGUCUGUUAUUCGUAGGAAGUCGUUCAUUGUUAGAAAGACCAAGGUUGGUAAAUGGAUGCAGCUGAUAUCCAGCUUGAGGAAAGAGUUGAAGAAAGCGAUCAAAAUCUGCAAUAACAAGCAGCUUGCUGAGCCCAGUUCUGAUGAGGAUCGCAUCAAGGAUAUUAAUAUGAAGGUUGAUGAAGUCAUUCAUGAGAUCAGAGAAGGGCAUGGCAAGCAGCUUCAGGAGUCAGAGAGAACACAGAGCUCACAAAAGAGCAUCCAGAAUCGGGUGGGCCAUCUUGAGGACAACAUGAAACUCUUACACAAGAAGAUAGAUGCGUUGCUUGAAAGAAGCGCACUACCAAGAGAGUGAUUCGCGUUCAUAUUUUUAAAGCCAGGUCCCCGUUGCAUGAAAGUUACGACUAUGGAAAUUUUGCCAUCCAGUGCUAACUACCAUGGUUACGCUUAUCAAAAGCCAAUCAAAAUCAAGUAUUUCAUGCCAGUUGUCAUUGGAUGGCAAAGUCACCAUAAUGUUUUGGGCCCAGUAGCUUGGAAAGACAAGCAAAUAUAUGGUUUGAAAAGAUUUUUUUUGGAAUUCUCCGAAGAUCGAGCACUAUAAUUCCGUUGUUUGCAGUUACAUUGGAUAUGGCACUCUGAUACUAUUAGGU